AUGACGCCAUCCAGUUUCAUUCCAUCCACAUAUGUACAACUACAUGCACACAACUACACCCCCAACUCGGCAUCUCCAUCCGUCCACCCGGAGUCCCUCCGAGCCAAAACAAUGCAAAACCCAUAUGAUAUAUACACAAAGCACGCUCAUGCAUCUGCAUCUGCACCAACGGAGCAACUCAAUCCCACCCAGCUACGGCCCCCUCUGAAGCCGUGCGUUUCUUCCCGAUUAGGCCCGGACCAAGUGCCGUUCCAACUGCAACCCGGGACAACAACAUCAAUGCCGAAGCCAUUAAUUUAUUUCCGUCGUUGCUCGCGCGCCGUGACCCACCGUUUUUGCUGCUGA